AAAGCAUGCCCUUCAUUCUCCCCAAGAGAGAGAAAGUCCUCUCUCUAGGCACAGUCAAGAGAGAGAAAGAGAAGGGAGAGAGAGAGAUGGGUUCUGCUGCAUGAGUGAGAAUUGAGAGAUUUGUAGAGAGAUGGGGAAGGAGAACCAGAACUGUGGUGUGUUCUUUGUGGCAACUCUUUUCUUGUGGGCGGUGUCUCUGGUUUUUGAGAUUGUUUUCAAUGGAAGGAAGGAGCUGCUCAAUGUGUUGUUGGGUUUCUCUCUCUACCAAAUGGCCAACUGGGUAGUUGGUUUCAGUGUUUCCAAGGAACCCCUCUUUGUCAACACUUCAGUUUCCUUGCUUCACUCUUCUGUUACCUCUGCAUCAGUUAUGGCUGUUCUGGUCAUCCAGUGGAUGAAGGUGGGUCUCAGUGCAAUGUUUGAGCAUGAGCAGUUGUUUGGUGGAACAUGGAUAGGGGCAUAUACCGCAUUGUGCUUCUCAUGUGGCUACUUCGCAUAUGAUCAACUGGACAUGCUUCUGCACCAUUUAUAUAGUGGAUGGUUCCCUUCCAUUCUAGUUCACCAUUUGAUUCUUCUGGUUUGCUUCACACUUGCUCUUUACCGGAAUGUCACCAUCAACUACCUGGUCCUCACUCUGGUGUGCGAGAGUUUGUUGCAGCUGCAUUCCAUCUUUCUACAUGUGAGAAAAGUGCGUAGGAUGGCCGGAUUGAGAGAUGGGAGAAGCAUCAUCGUGAGGGCCGAAUGGACACUCAAUUGGCUCACCUUCUUCUUGGCUAGGCUUGGGUGCCAUCUCAUAAUCACUUAUAAGCUCAUCAAAGAUGCACCGAAGUUUGGAAAGGGUGUGGAGUUCCCAUUGGCCUUGUUCGGCAUGGCAGCUAUGAAUUUGCUCAACCUCUUUCUAGGCCUUGAUCUUUUCCGAGCAUACAGUAGAGAGGAGAAAAUUCAGCAAAAGCACCGGGAGUGAAAAAAAAAAAAGUAAGGAGGUGCUUCUCCCCUGUUGCGAUAAAGAGGUGCUUCUCCCCUGUUCCUUUAUAGCAGCUUGAUGUUACCUGGCUCUCUAUUUGUUAAGAGUCUUAGAGAGAAUGAGAAAAUGGGCAACCACAAAAUUGUUGGUUUUUCCAUAGUUGAUCGAAAUGAUGUAAACUCUUUUUGUGAGAGCUUUUCAUCAACGACUGUGAGUUGUAAAAUUUUAGGGGUUCAAUGAUGAAAAAGCAUUGGGAUUGUAUUUUUUCAUA